AUGGCCGGCGGCGCGCUGCCCCGCUCGCUGCUGCUCACCUGCUGCCUGGCGGCCGCCCUGGGCGGCCCGGCGCGCCCGCUGGAGGGGCCGGCCCCGGCGCCCGCCCCGCCCGGCCCGCCCGGCCCGGGGAGCCCGGCGCCCGAGGGCUGCGAGCCCGGCCCGCGGGGCGGCCCGGCGCGGGCCGAGGGCGGCCGGGAGGCGGGGGCCCGGCCGGGGCAGGCCUGGGCCCGGGGCGCGGGGGACCUGCAGGCGCGGCCCCAAGGGGACCCGCCGCCCGGGGAGCCGCCCUCCGCCGCCCCGGACGCCGCCGGCCCGGACGCCGCCACGGAGCCGCCGGACGAGUACGCGUACCCCGACUACCGCGGCAAGGGCUGCGUGGACGAGAGCGGCUUCGUGUUCGCCAUCGGCGAGCGGUUCGCGCCCGGGCCGGCCGCCUGCCCGUGCCUGUGCACCGAGGAGGGCCCGCUGUGCGCGCCGCCCGCCUGCCCGCGCCUGCCGCCCCGCUGCGCGCGCGUGGACGCCAGCCGCUGCUGCCCGCGCUGCCGCGAGCGCCGCGCCCGCUGCCAGUUCCGCGGCCGCACCUACCGGCUCCUGGAGGAGUUCGCGGUGUCCCCGUGCGAGCGGUGCCGUUGCGAGGCCAGCGGGGAGGUGCUGUGCUCCGUGUCCGAGUGCCCGCAGACCGAGUGCGUGGACCCCGUGUACGAGCCUGACCAGUGCUGCCCCAUCUGCAAGAACGGCCCCAACUGCUUCGCAGAGACCGCCGUGAUCCCCGCGGGGCGCGAGGUGAAGACGGACGAGUGCACCGUCUGCCACUGCACGUACGAGGAGGGCACGUGGCGGCUGGAGCGCCAGGCCCUGUGCACGCGGCACGAGUGCCGGCAGCGCUAG